UGACGUGUGGCGUCUGGGAGCUGUCCCAGGAAUCAUGGUGCUGAAGCUGCAGCACAAAUUCAGCAGCCAAUGAUCACAGGAGAAUCCGGGGAUACGGAUGCUUUCACCCAGAGCAGGACAGUCCGAAAAUCGUGUUGGAUUUUAACGGAGGGAUUUAAACCCAUCGCCUUGUUCCUCGAACAUGGAAAUUCGAUAAUUGAGGAUGUAAGCUUCACGCAGACUUGUCAGCGACCUGCAGUCUGGCAGGAGCUCUAUGAAAAAAAAAAAUCCCGAAACUGUGAGUCGUAUGGAAAUCGGGGUAGCUCGCCAGCGGUUCCAUUUAUUGAACUUAAUGGCUUCAGACACUUGUUUGCAUCGAUGGGAUUUGUUUGCCUUUUGGAUUUACAUUCUCGUGGGAACACAAUAAAGGACUUUCAAUUAGAAAUAUCAACAUAGAAAACUAAAAGGCUGCUUUGAACCCCACAACAAAAGCUGGAAAACGCACCCCCACUAUCCCAUCCCACGGCAUAUGAAGAAGUGUUUGCUCAUGACGGGGACACAUACAGUACGUGCUGUUUUCUUCCAGCACCUUUGCAUGGUGCUGUGAGUUUGUGGCCGGAUACAGCCUGAUGCUGCGCAGCCAGGGCAUGCUGAAGAGCCGCUGUUGCGUCCUGCUCGGUGACCUGAGGGUGCUCCUUCUCGGGCCACCGGCACCGCCGACACCGCUGCCUCCGCUGACCCCCAUGAGCGUCCAAGGAGCGGAAAGCCAUGAAACAGGCGUCCCCGUCCCCGACAACAACAACACGUUAACGCGGAGCCACCAGCACGCCGGGGAACGGGUUGCCCCACCUGCAGCGGGAGCCACCGGGCCACCGGGCGGAGAGCGAGCGGGCUGGGUUGAUGCUGCAGAGCUGUCGGCGGCCCUGCGCGGCUGCAGCAGCUCCUCUGAUGACUGCUCAAAGGGCAAACUCGAGGAGAGGUUCUCCCUCACCAGCUACACGGAAAGUGGCUUCAGGACUCCGGUGUGCCGGAUCUGCUUCCAGGGACCAGAGCAUGGGGAGCUCCUGAGCCCGUGUCGGUGCAGCGGGUCAGUACGCUGCACCCACCAUCCCUGCCUCAUCAAAUGGAUCAGCGAGAGAGGUUCCUGGGCCUGUGAACUCUGCUACUACAAAUAUCAGGUCAUUGCCAUCAGCACCAAGAAUCCAUUACAGUGGCAGGCCAUCUCCUUGACAGUGAUCGAGAAAGUGCAGAUAGCAGCAGCCAUUUUGGGCUCGCUGUUCCUGAUGGCCAGCAUCUCCUGGCUGGUGUGGUCGUCCUUCAGCCCGUCAGCCCGCUGGCAGCGGCAAGAUCUGCUUUUCCAGAUCUGCUACGGCAUGUACGGCUUCAUGGAUAUCGUCUGCAUCGCACUAAUUGUCCACGAGGGACCUUCUGUGUUUCGUAUCUUCCACCGCUGGCAGGCCGUGAACCAGCAGUGGAAAGUCCUGAACUAUGAUAAGUCUAUGGACAGCGAUGACCUGAAGAACACCGCUGUGGAGAGGACUCUGUCUCAGCCCAGCCCCGUCUAUCAGACUGGGGUGGGAGUGUCCACCUCCACCUCCUCGCUGAUGGUGGUAGCCUCCACAGCCGACGGCUCAACUUCUACAACUGUGGUGGCGGCCGCAGGAGGACUGGGAACACAUGUGGACCCCAACAGCGCAGUGCCAGACCAACACUGUCCCUACAACAUCCUCCACCUCCUCAGCCACCUCAGGCAGCCGGAGGCCCGCAGCCAACCCAACAAUAGCACACGAGAGCUGGUCAUGAGAGUCACUACAGUCUGAGGAGUCAGAUGAGGCCUUAUCGCACAUGGAGGUGUACGAUUUAUGA